AGCGCGUCCAUCAAACAGUGAGACUUCUUGCCUCAAAGCAUGCUUCAAGCUACGUUUAUCAACUUAUCUAAGUGUUAGUUGAUUAAAUAAGGGAUUCAUGCAAUUAGAUAUAACAUAAACCAUCCAUUUGUUCCUUGCCAAACUGAAACUGAAAUUCAAUGUGCGGGCGAGUUGAACGAAGACCUGCUCAAUUUACGCGUUAGAAACUAGUGUGAAGACGGUGGACCACCUUUACUCUUCAAUAUGUUUUGUGAAUUAUGUAGAGUUGAGUUUUCAUCAUCGAAUAAAAAGGUAUUCAAAAAUUAAUUUAAAUAGUCAGCAGAAAUCCUGUAAAAUGUGUGGCUCAGUACAGUGUUCGAGUUGUUUGAGGUUUAAACUUAAAAAAAUCAAGCCAGUAUGUUUGGAUUGUUAUUAUGAUAAAAAAAGUGUGAAUGACCCUGAAGAAAAACUUUGCUCAUUCGCUUCUUCAAGUCGUGCAUUUAUUGUAGCAUCAAAUCUAAAACCUAAUAAAACUAAUCAAGAAGUUCCCUCACGCAAUGGUAUAAACUUUCAGAUCCGAAGACUGAUGAACUUGUUAAGAGGUUUGAGAACCUUAAAAAGAAUCAAGUCAAAAGUAAAAGCUAUGUUUCUCAGCAUUUUGGUUAUAGCAGAAGAUGUUUCUCUUUUAGAAUAUCGAUUUCGACAGCUCAAAGGACUGACUGAGGAAAAACCUGCUUCUGCUGAAAACUCUUCAUUGUCAAAGACCGAUCGAGUUUCUAAACUUGUGGAACGGGUUGGUCAUACCUUCAAUCGUACUUUCAGUUACAGUUGGUCUUGAUAUAUCCAAAUUUAAUCUGACUGAGUUUUUAAUUGAUGAUGGACAAUGUAUCGUUUAUAAGUUCUGUGGUUAUGGUGUAUUACUUGGUUUUUAUUGAGUUCAAACCGAGAAACAACAUGUUCUGAAUACCUUGUGUCGUAUAUUUGUCCAUCAUACUAAUUAUUAGGAAGCUUUAUGUGCUUGAAAACUAUCACAGUAUUAUAUACUAAAGAAAAAUUACGUAAUUAGAAAAGAUAUCGAGUUCUGAGUCAGGGAAUUAUAAAAUUAAUACAAAUGUAUCUAAUCAACUAAACAUGUUAAGUUCCAUACAAAAAAGUCAAUAAAAAUAAACAAAUAAGCUGUUGGAGAAAUAUAUUUUUAUAAGAAUUAGAGAUGCUAUACUAAACUGCUGUAAAGUUUGCAGAUAUUUAUUUAGAAAAAAAGCGGUCAUUUGCUGGGUUUUUAAUGCAUAAAUUAUAUUUCUUGGUUGAAAUAAUAGAAAAUUAUGAAUCGAUUAUCAAUCUGAUAUUUUUGAAAGGAAUUCUCUGAUCGCAUGUUAUUACUCUGGAGCAUGUUAAGGGAUAAUAAUUCAGUAUAUGGUACCGUACCGUAUCAAAUAAUCAACUUUGCUUAAAAUAGAAUUGAUUCAAAUUUUUUAGUGCUAGAAAAUUCGAACUUGUUAUUUGUGUAAACUCGCGCCUAAAUAACAUGCAAAAUUAACUAGUUGUUGUUAUUCAUGGAUCAAUUAUGGCUAAACUCACUUGUUUUUAUCUCUUAAACCAAGCUACCGCUGUAUACUUAGUGUGAAAUCUUGAUUUGCGAAUUAAACAGUAUUGUGGUACUUCACAAGAUGUUAAAAUAUACUUUUGCUCAAUAAAAUGUCAAGUAUGGCUUAACAUCUACACAGUUUCAUUGUUUUAAAUCUAAAUCAUAUACUCUAACAGUUAAUAUAUAAUACUGAAUUAUUUAAAAAGACAUAUUACUGAAUAGUUUUCUGAGUUUUAGGUAACAUAGCUUGCUAGAAAACUGGAGACCGACUGCAUUAUGUUAAUCAAAUUCCUUAUCUUAAACAUAUGUUAUUAAUUCGAUGUCCAGUUCAACUCAUAAGUUCAAUAAAUCAAAGGGCGAGUUUAAUCCACAGCAGUUUGCUCUAUUUUACUUCAUGCUUAUUAAAAGUAGUCUUUAAAAGUAGAGGACACUUGUAGGUUAAGAACGUUUGUUUAUUAUUGUCUUCAAAACAGUGCUUUCGUAUUGUGGGAAUAUUGAUCAAGUAUUCAGUAAAGAUGAUGUAUCGGUCGAAAAUAUUGUAAAUCCUCAUCGACUGACGUUAUCAGGACAUGCGUUACAUAUGCCCAACUUCUUGCUUCGAUACUUGAUGUUGGCUAGAAUAGGAGUAAGUUGGAAGAAAGCUAAGGGCUGUCAAGACAUGGCAUCAGUCCAUAAAGUCAUUGACUGUUGGUCUAAGCCAUUUUGGUAAGUUCAGACGUUAUUGUUCUGACCAAUGGCCAUGAUUAUUUAUCUUAAUAAUAUCAUCUCUACACUGAAGUGUGGCGAUAAUUCGAGCUGGUGCAUAUAUUUAUCAGAUUGUAAGUUGUUUGUAACUAACUGGCUGUUUGAACUCAGCCAAAGAUGAACUUGGUAAAAAGUGUAUAGUAGAUGAUCUUAUAAUUCAUUUGCUUUGUUUCGUAAAGUCGAUUCAUUUGAGAUUUAGAAGAAUCCGUCUCGUAAUCAAAUUUUCAUUUCAAAUCUCGGUCAUUUCAAUAUUUUACCAAAUGGACCGAAUUGUUGCAUCACUGAAUGUGAAUAUAAAUUGUAGUCCGUACUAUGGUAAAACUUAAACCUAGCUUUUAUAUUGAGGAAGCGGUCGGAAACUUGAAGUUUACGAAUUCAUCUGUAAUACUUGAAACAGUAUAAAUUUCACAAACUGACCAAUAAAUACCAUCAUUUUUUAUAAGUUGAAAUUUCCGAAAUAAUGGACUUCACUCAUACAAAAAUUAAACACCUAGAACACACUAUAAUAUGGUUAAUCUACAGUUAAUCAACCAGAAAUAGGCGGCCAAUACGAGUUUUGUAUUAAGAAUCGUGCUCAUAAAGACUGUUGUUCAAAACAACCAAUUUUUCAAAUGGGGUUACUUUCGAUUAGUAAAGAUACAUUCAAUACAACAAUUUAAUAUGUAGUCUGGGGAAUAAUUGUAAAGUAGGCAGUGAUCAAAGUACUAACCUCAUAACUAGUCUUUCUUUACGUUUGAAGUCAUCUUACUGGCACAUUCUGAUUAGUUUUCUCACUAAGGUCGACUGCCUUAUUGUUUAUAUUACACUUUACAUUUUUAGUACAUUGAAGAAGCACGGAUUGAUUCAAAAUGUAGCGUUGAUUUUGGUCUGGAUGAUGAUUCUACUGAAAAGGAAAAUUUUCCUUCGUGCUAUAUGUGUGAUGGAGUUGCUGAAUUUUCGUGUAGAGAAUGUGACGAUAAUUUUUGCCAACGGUGUUUCAAUAAAACGCACAAUAAACGAGAGAGAUUCGAACAUCAAACUGGGAUUUGCAAAUAAACUAUUACGAUUGUUCGUCAUUGUUUUCUCUUAAGAUGAAAUGUAUUACUAUUAUUAUCCAUUACUUUCCGUCAUGUAGAUACUUGAUUUGACUUCAGACAUUGCUACUUCUCUUUCCCUUCCGCUCUCCACUUACUGUUGUUGACUUUUGUACAUUUGUAUUUAUUUCUAACAAUUAUUAUUGAUAUAUUUUUUGGCCU